UCGUGACAUCAUCACAGGUCCUUCAGCCACACGGCUUCUUGUUAGAGUCUGACUUCUACACAGGCUACUGAUCACAUGAAUGGUCCUUUAGCCCUCUAGGAUCUACCGUUCAGGAGACAGAUGUUCCCUUGAAUUCCGAUGAUCGGCCGUCUCUACAUACAGAGCUGCCGCAUGUCCACCAUGACGGUGCAGAGCCCGCAGUUCAAGGCUCUCUUCACUGAAGGCCUCAAAACCCUGACCGAUUUAUUUGCUGAGGGGAAGUACGAGUUGCGAAUCGCAGGAGGAGCCGUCCGGGAUCUUCUUGCAGGAAAGCAGCCACAUGACAUAGACUUCGCCACCACCGCCACCCCCGAUCAGAUGAAGGAUCUCUUCCUCAGCAAGGGAAUCCGGCUGAUUAACAAUAAAGGAGAGAAGCACGGCACUGUGACAGCGAGGAUUAAUGAGCAGAACUUUGAGAUCACUACACUGCGGAUCGACCUGCAGACAGAUGGGCGCCAUGCUGAGGUCAAGUUUACAACUGACUGGGAACAAGACGCAGAGAGGCGAGAUCUCACAAUCAACGCCAUGUUUCUUGGAUUUGAUGGCACGCUCUACGAUUAUUUCAAUGGUUACGAGGAUUUGAAGAACCGUCAAAUCAGAUUUGUGGGAGAUCCAGCUAAGCGGAUCCAGGAGGAUUAUCUGCGAAUUCUGCGUUACCUCAGGUUUUAUGGAAGAAUGGCAGAGAAAUCUGGAGUCCACAGUCAAUCCACCCUAGACGCAAUAAAAGAAAAUGCACCUGGUCUGCGCGGCAUCUCAGGAGAAAGAAUUUGGGUGGAGCUUAAGAAGGUCUUGGAGGGCAACCACGUCAAUCACCUUAUCCAACUUAUCUACCAGCUGGGAGUCGCUCCUCAUAUUGGAUUACCAGAGAAUGGAAAUCUAGAGGAGUUUUCUCGUGUCUGCUCCCAGGCUGUGCAUUUGUCUCCUAAACCCAUGACACUUCUAACUGCAUUGUUUUCCCACCCGGACGGUGUCCAAAAACUGGACCUAAGGUUAAAAAUCUCCAAAGAGGAGAAGGGGCUGGCUCUAUUCUUACUAAAGGAACGUAAAGAGCUGACGGCAGAACACACAGAGCGAGAACCGCUGAAGCCGUUCCAAGACUAUGUGACCGAUUCUAGAGAAACAGACGCCCAUAAGAAGGUAUGUGAACUGCUCAAGUACCAAGGUGAAGAACGACUUCUGAGGCAGAUGGAACAAUGGACUCUGCCUCGCUUCCCUGUCAGUGGGCAUGACCUGCGACGUAUGGGCAUCUCAUCGGGGAAGGAGAUUGGGAGAAUUCUACAGGAACUGCGGGAGAGCUGGAAGGAAAGUGGCUACCAGACCGGCAAGGAGGAACUUCUGAAUAGCGUGUCUAGGAGCCAAAAUGCAGAAUAAGGCUAGGAUACAAACCCUGGAUGUGGACUCUUAAAGGGGUACUCCGGCGCUUAGACAUCUUAUCCUCUAUCCAAAGGAUAGGGGAUAAGAUGCCUGAUCGUGGGGGUCCCGCAGCUGGGGACCCCCAUGAUCUUGCACGCCGCACCCCGUUAAAAUCAAUCCCCGGUUGAUUACUGUCGACCACGGGGCCGGAGCAUUGUGACGUCACGGCUCUGCCCCCGUGUGACGUCACACUCCGCCCCCUCAAUGCAAGCCAGCUGUCACGCCCCUCCCCAUAGGUUUGCAUUGAGGGGGCGGAGCGUGCAAGAGCACGGCAGACCCCGCGAUCAGGCAUCUUAUCCCCUAUCCUUUGGAUAGGGGAUAAGAUGUCUAAGCGCCGGAGUACCCCUUUAAGGAUGAGGGGAAUAGAGGUGUAUGAGUCACAAGUUGGGAAGCACAGAGAUAUCUGUAAAAUGUAAGGCUGAUCUUAACAUGGACUCUAAUGCAAUGUGGCUCCCCAUCCACGUUGCUACUUUGAAUACAAUAAAAAGGGGAUGUUCUGCAACCUUCUAAUAUACCAUCUUCAAUUUAUCACCAUUUUCAAAAUUUCCACUUGUUGACAAUACAGCCCGGUCCUAUAACUUGACGAAGCUGAGGGCGGUUUUUCAAAUGUGUUUUCUUGUAAUGUUUAAAUCUUACAAAACAAUACAACAAACUAAAAGUUGCAUACAAUGUGUGUUACAGCACUAAAGUGUUCCAAAGGCAGAUGUGCGAAAGUAGCAUUACGACAUUACCCAACCGGUAACACGUGACAACUCAAAUUUACAGCUUAUUUUACUAUAGUUGUAAACAGCCUGGACUUCAGAUUGAUACAUUAUACCACUGUUUCUAAUAUGUCCAGCUCACAGGAUUGUCUGGACCAGUAUUAUCCAAACAGUGUGCCUCCAGCU